GCCAUGGCGGGCUUGGUGCCAUGGUGGACCACUGGAGUGUCGACCCCAUCUUUCUCUUCGAAGCCAAGUAGACCUCACAGACCUCACAGGCCUUCACUGCGUUCAGCGUCUUCAGCGUCGUCUUGGAACGUUGCCCCGCAGCUUUCGCUUUCGAGCGGAGUUGGCCUGGCUUUCCUUUUGCACCGGCGAUCAUCGCGAUCAUCGCGAUCAUUGCAAUCAAAUGUCACAAGAUUUGCACGAUAUACGGAGGAAGCUGGGUCUCAGAAUGUCCUUACCGUCACCGAGGUUUACAAGUUGUUGAAACAAGCUCCGAGCACGCAACAUGCGUUGCAGCUAGCAGCGCGCUUGCGACGAGCGGCCCGAGAGGGGAAAAAGAUGAAAGAUGGGCGAACUUUGGAUGCCAAUGUUGUGGAUGAUGCCCUGGACGUCUUGCUGGACAAUUCUGUACGACUUCGCACACCAGUGGGAGCUAGCACGGCUGACACGGCUGACACGGCUGACACGAUCGACACCAGGACGCAGACUUCCGAUGCGGUGAACACGUUUGGCACAGGGUCGACCCCUGAAGCAGCUGACCGAGAUGCCCGAGAAAAUAGAGAAAUGCAACAGGCUCGGGCUUCACCCGUUGAGUUAAGCUCGAUGAGCUCCGACGUGCAUGAUGUGGAUGACGCUGAUGACAGCGCCGAGGUUGUCGAUGAUGAGGAUGAGGCUUCGUUCCAGGAUGCAUACCGAAAGAUGUAUCGCAGCUCUCAGGGCAUCCCGGACAGCGAAGAGUCAGAUGCGGAGGAUGUCUACGGCGGCUACGGCUAUGAGGGGGAUGGUCAAUAUGGUGAAGACUAUGAAGACCACGAAGGUGAGGAGUACAGUGAUGACGACUAUGCCGAGUACAUGGAUCCAAGAGAUGAGGAUUCUGGUGCGCAACCAGCUCCAAAUCAAGCAGCUCGAAGCCAAGAUGACACAGAAGCACUGGUACCGGGGAAAGUCUCCGACGUCCCUGACGAGCUUCGGGAGCAGGUGAUUUGCCGAAAGUUCAACAUCGUUGACCGGGUGUGGAAAGCUCCAACAUCUGUCACCUUACCCAAAGUUCCUGCUUUGUCGGAAGAUGCUAUGCUUCCAGAAAAUGCAUGGAUGAGACUUCCGCACAUCGCCGUCAAUGGCAUGACCAAUUGUGGCAAGUCGACUCUGAUCAACCACAUCUUGCGCUGGACCUAUGCGGCAAAGGCUUCCUCAGUACCAGGUCGAACCAAGAGCAUUGACUUCUACUGCAUCAACAACCGCUUCGUUCUGGUGGACUUACCUGGCUAUCCAGAUCCUGAAGAGCUCGCGCACCAAGGGGUCCUGAAGAAGUGGGAAGCUCAUUGGCAGGACCUGGUGCUGACAUACCUGCAGAUGUGUGCAGACGGUGAGUAUGACUUGCGUUUGAUGCUGCAGCUGCAGGCCACCCAGCGGCGGCCGUCACUCAGCUGCCGGCGCUUCGUCAACGAGAUGAAAGAGAAGGACCCGGGAAAGGAGUUGCCUCUGUUGCUGGUCCUCACGAAGGACGAUCAGCUCAAGAAACCCAACGAGGAGAGAAAUUACUUUGCGACUCAAAUCAAGAAAACCCUGGGCUUGGAAGGCCAACAUCUGCAUUUCACAGCAAAGGGGACGCUGGCCAUGAGCAGACGGAGCAAGAAGCAUUUGCAUCGCUGGAUUCGUACGGCCGUGACAGCCAAAGAUGCUGGAGAAGUGAAGCAGAUCAUGCAGGAGGCAUGGCAGAGCAGGCGAAUUUGUGAGACACUGAAGACGCCAGAAGAGCUCAAAGAAAAGAAGGAACGUUGGAAAGCUCAUUACAAGACCCUCAGGGACGAAAAGAAAAGGAAAGCUGAGGAGGAGAAGCGGCGCGCCGAAGCUGAAGAAAGAGAAAGAGAGCAGCGGGGGCAAGGUGGGAAAGGCGACCAAACUGAGAAUACGUAUUCCUCCUGCUGCUUCCCGUCGGCAAGAGAUUGAUGCUUAACAUCGGAAGAUCAGCAAAA